GAAUUCUUAUGUCAAAUUGAAAAUUUUCUGUCAGGUUAUGUAUAACAAAUUGAAAAAUAGGAUGAUAAUGUAUUCUUAACAAUUUUAGAGCUUUAACGUUAACAUUACAGGAAUAUUCUAUAGUUCAGUAUGCGGAAUAGUGGCGAAAAAACAUAUAAAAUAUUACCCAAUAAAUCAAAAUACAACAAUAGGCCAUUCACAGCAAAACCAAUCCAUAUCCGAAGAAUCGAACAAGCGUUAGACUUAAACAUGUUCUUUCAAAAUGUUAAUGAUCAAUUACAAAUAAGUAGUGAUUCUGAUGACUCUGAUGAAGAUGGAGGAAGUAUGAGUGACAUUAAUAUAGAGAAUAUUCUAAGAGAUACCGAACCAAAUUCUAAAGAAUAUUACAAUUUGAAAAGUGUUUCAUCUAGAAGAAAAUGGCUUGCUGAUAUUUUACUUGAAAACAAUGACAGUACCCCUGAUGAUGUCCAAUAUAAAUAUGUAAUGGGGAUGCACUCUUACCAGAAAUUUUUGAGAAAAACUAAAGAUAACUGUGAUAACUAUAGAUACUAUGGGGCUGGGUUAAUAAGUGCAGUAGAUCAAUACCCGGAAAUAGAAAAGAAUCUUCCUGUUUCUAUGAAAAAACACAAAAUAAAAACCGAUGAAACUUCUAAGUCACCUUUAUACCAUCCUGAAAUUUUAGAUGAAAUAUCUGAUGAGCCGUGUUUAGAUUUGAAUCUUCAGAAUGGCAUGGAAUUUCAAGCAAUGGAAGAAAUUGAAGAUAAAUAUAUACCGACUGAUUAUGGACUUAAUAUUGCCAGUCAGUCAGUACCUGUAGUGCCAAUGAACAUGAAUAUGCCAAAGAAAAAAGCAAAGAAGUUUAGAGAUGAAGAGUCUCGAAGGAAAUGGGAAGAUAUGAUGACUAUUAAAAGAAAAAAGCUUUUUACCAAUAUUGUUAAAAAAGAAAUUGGGAAGCAACACAGAUCAAAAAUUAACAAACAUAAAGAAAUGUUGCUGCAAUGUAAACGAGUUGCUUCGCAUUGUGUAAAAUAUGCACGACAGAAAGCACUUCAAAGUGCAAGAAUAGUAAAAGAACAACAAUGGAGAAUGAAAAGAUUAGCGAGAGAAAACAUAGCAUAUUGGAAGCGCUCAAGGAGAUUUGAUAGAGAGGUUAAAAAAAGAUUAGAAAAAGAAGCUGAGGAACAAAGAAAGAUUGAUCAUGAACUAGUUGAAGCUAAACGCCAACAAAGAAAACUUAAUUUUCUCAUUACACAAACUGAAUUGUAUGCUCAUUUUAUGUCUAAAAAAUUAGGUCAAGUAUCUCCAGAAGAACAAUUGAGAAUAUUAAGUCAAUUAGAUGAAGAAAGUACAACAAAAUUAAGUUGUGAUAACUAUGAUAGUGAAGGAAUGAAAGAAUUGGCCAAGAAGAAUGCAAUGGAUGCUUUCCAAAGUGAAAAAGCAAGAACAAGACACUUUGAUGAUCAAGCAAAUUCAUGUCUAAGUGAAUUUGACAAUAUUGAAGGGGAGCAUCCACAGCCUGAAAUGUUUAGAGGGAAAUUAAAAGGUUAUCAAUUAAGAGGAAUGAAUUGGCUGGCAAAUUUAUAUUCUCAAGGUAUUAGUGGGAUCUUGGCGGAUGAGAUGGGCUUGGGAAAAACUGUACAAAGUAUUGCUUUUUUGUGCCAUAUAGCUGAGAAAUAUUCUGUCUGGGGUCCUUUCUUGAUUAUAUCGCCUGCUUCAACUCUUCACAAUUGGCAGCAAGAAUUAGCCAAAUUUGUGCCCGAUUUUAAAGUAGUUCCUUAUUGGGGUAACCCAAAUGAAAGAAAAAUCCUAAGACAGUUUUGGGAUCAAAAAGAUAUGUAUACUAAAGAUGCAAGCUUCCAUAUUGUAGUAACUUCAUACCAAAUUGUAAUAACUGAUAUCAAAUACUUUAAUAGAAUUAAAUGGCAGUAUAUGAUAUUAGAUGAAGCUCAAGCUAUUAAAAGUACAAGCUCUAUGAGAUGGAAAACUCUUUUAGGUUUUAGUUGUAGAAAUAGGCUUUUGUUGAGUGGAACACCGAUACAAAAUAGUAUGGCAGAAUUGUGGGCUUUACUACACUUUAUUAUGCCUACACUAUUUGAUUCGCAUGAAGAAUUUAAUGAGUGGUUUUCAAAGGACAUUGAAAGCCACGCAGAAAAUAAAACAGGAAUAGAUGAAAAACAUUUGUCAAGAUUACAUAUGAUACUAAAACCAUUUAUGUUACGAAGAAUAAAGAAAGAUGUGGAAAAUGAGCUCUCUGAUAAAAUUGAAGUGAUGGUAUACUGUCCACUUACAACAAGACAAAAUUUAUUAUAUUUGGCAUUAAAACAAAAAAUUAAAAUUGAAGAUUUGUUGCACUAUACAGUUGGGGGUGGGGAUUCCCACACAGUGGAUAAAAAUUUUACAUCUAAUUUAAUGAAUCUUGUAAUGCAAUUUAGAAAAGUUUGUAAUCACCCUGAACUUUUUGAGAGAAGGGAUGCAAAAUCACCUAUACGAAUAUCUUCUUUACAGUACAACAUUCCUUAUCUCUUAUACGACUAUAAUGUUAGAGAGGUUUUAAUGUGGAAACUUAACAAAUAUUUUGUUUUUACGCCUGAAUAUAUAUCCAAAGCCAUUGGAAACGAUUUUUGCAACACAAUUUUCAAUUUCUGUUUGGGCUUAAAAUUAUCUUUUAUAGAUAUUUAUAAAAUUUUUCAAGGAGAUGUUUUGGACAGGUGGCGAAAUCAUUUUGAGUUGGAACGAUCCGAUGAAAUUUUGUUUCAUAAAUAUUCAUGGAAUUCUAAAUUUAGUCAGAUGCCUAUGUUGAGCCUACGACAUUGUUUGCGACUUAACAAGUGGCAUAUACAAAGUAGCAUUGUUCUCUACGAUUUAAUUUUUACAAGACAUAAUAGGGGAAAUAGAGUUUUUUACAGUCAUACCAAUCAUUUGUAUCAUUCCAUGCCUGAAACUGUAGAGCACAAGAAUAUUCGUUUAAAAACUAAAGUAAUAUAUUCAGAAGAUAAUUCUAUUAUUGAUGUCGUUAAUGAAGAUGGACCCAAACCAAUACAAAGUUCCUCUACAGAUUUUCCUUAUAUAAAAAGAGAAACACAAAUUUUUGAAUGUACAAAGACUGAAAUUCCCGCCUUUUUGUUCUACAAUAUGCCCAGAGUAGCCUCGGCAUCCAUUAGUCUAUAUUGUUAUUCUCGUAGAGCAGCGUGGGAUUAUAAGCGUCAUGUAGCAGAUUAUAGUUUUAAUUCCUUAAAUUAUUAUUGGUCUAGAGCAACAAAUAAUAAAUUUAACUAUAAAUCAGCUGAAAGUUUAUAUCCGCAACCAUUUAGUUGUGUAGAUAUUAUUAGGCCAACCAAUGGCUGGUCAAAUAUAGUUAUUCCAGAUAAAGAGAGUUUAGUGACUGAUUCUGGAAAAUUAUCAGUACUUGAUGGGCUACUGCGAAGACUUAAAGAAGAAGGACAUAGGGUUUUAAUUUAUUCUCAAAUGACCAAAAUGAUCGAUCUCUUAGAAGAAUAUAUGUGGCAUCGACAUCACAAAUAUAUGCGCUUAGAUGGAUCUUCGAAAAUUUCCGAACGGAGGGAUAUGGUGGCCGAUUUUCAAGCUAGAACAGAUAUUUUCGUUUUCUUGUUGUCUACAAGAGCUGGUGGUCUUGGUAUCAAUCUAACAGCAGCAGAUACGGUAAUAUUUUAUGACAGUGAUUGGAACCCAACUGUGGACCAACAGGCGAUGGACAGGGCCCACCGAUUGGGUCAAACAAAGCAGGUGACAGUCUACAGAUUAAUUUGUAAAGGCUCUAUUGAAGAACGUAUAUUACAAAGGGCCAGAGAAAAAAGCGAGAUUCAAAAAUUGGUUAUUAGUGGUGGGAACUUUAAACCAGAUACUCUCAAACCGAAGGAAGUCGUAUCUUUGUUGCUUGAUGAUGACGAAUUAGUCCAAAAAUAUCAUUUGAAAAUUGAGAACCCCUCAGAGGAAAGCCGGGAAGCAGAACGAAAACGAAAACUUCAAUAUAAGACAAUACCAAGUGGUUUGGAAGUUAAAAGAAUUAAGGUAGAAUCAUCUGUCGAGGAAAUCGAAAGUGCCCCUAACAGCCCUCGAAGUGUCCAUUCUAAUGACAUUUUGGCAGAUGAUGCUGUGGACAUUUAUAAUGAUGACGCCGACUUGCCGGUUACGAACAAAUACACUGUAUAUAACGUUUAUGGAUCAGCGGUGAAACCAAGGACUCCUGGACGCGGCUCAUCUAGAAGAGGACGGCCUAGAGGAUCUAGAAGUCGUACGAUAGGUCUUAAUAGACAUACUUCCAAUAGUAAUGGUGGUUCGACCAGUGGAGUGUAUUCAUCAGAGAAUAUACUAACAGAUUCAGCAUCGUCGAUAUCUUCAUCACAGUCAUCGCCGUCCAGUGCAUUUGUGGACGUUACUGUCAAUUCUAGUGGACCUAACUCGAGUCCUCAAACAACAACAACCCGAAGAGGUCCUGGCAGACCCAGACUAAAACCGGGUGGUCCAUCAAAUGCUGGUUCAAGGGGUACAUAUAGACCCAGAAAACCUGCAAGACCUCUACCAGUACCUUUACCUUCAGAUGGUACUAAUUUAAACUCAAAAGAAAAUAGUAAUGCACAGUAUUCCAGUUAUUCUUUUUAUGAUUUUCCUGAUGAUUAAGUUAUUUAUCCUACUUGUUUUUUGAAUUCCAUCUUUUACAAGCCGCAUCUAUUACAUCAUCUAGAGCUUUAGAAAUUAUGUGAUGUGAUGUGAUGUAAUUUUAGUGAUUUCACUAAGCAAGUGUGAUGCUAAAUAUUGAAGUAGUAA